AUGAAAGAGGCUUAUACCAUGGCCGAGGAGCCCCUGUACUUCACCUGCCAGCAGUGCCAGGGCGUGUUCUCCUCCGCCUGGGCGCUCCUGCAGCACGCCCAGCACGCGCACGCCUUCAGCAUCUACCAGGAGGACGAGGACUACGACGGCGAGGCGGCAGGAGGCGGAGGCUUUCGGGACGCGUGUCACCUGAACCACGCCCUGGCCUCCGCCUUCCAGCAGACGCGCCGCCCCCGGGAGACGCACGCCCCCCCCGCCACCGCCGCCGCCAACGCCAACGCGCAGGCCAUGAACUUCUCGGUGCGGCUCCGGGAGCUGGCGGAGGGCAGCAACGCGGGUGGCUCCCCCAGGGGGCUGGUGCUGUCUCCGUCCUCCUCCCCGCCGGCGGCCUCUCCCUUCCCUCAGGUGGGCGGCGCCGACGGGGACUUCCACUGCGAGCUGUGCGAGCAGAACUUCCGCUCCCUGCGCGCCCUCUCCGCCCACCGGCGGACCCACGCCUGCGAGAGGCCCUACCACUGCGGCGUGUGCGGCCACGCCUUUUCCCAGAGCGGCCAGCUGGCCCGCCACAUACGGAACCAUCACCGGGAGGCCGGGGGCGGCGGGAGCGGGUUCGAGUCGAUGGAGAUGGUGAUGAUGGAGGAGGACGGCGGCAGGCAGGGGGUGAUAGGGAGGCUUCUGAUGCAGCCGGCCGGAGUGGUGGGGGGGAAGGGGACGGUGGGGCCGGACGUGAAGGCGAAGCGCCCCUCUGAGCGGGACCUGAUCCUCCCCAAACCGCCCUCCUUAGCGUCCGGCCUGAUGCUGCUGACCUCGCAGGUCAGACCGGCCGACCGGGAGCUGCUGAGGCUCUACCGGCGCCAGAGAGACGGCGCCGAGGCCGGCGAGGAGGAGGCGGAGGGGCAGGGCGAACCUCAGCACGCCUCGCCGUGCGCCAGCCCCUCCGAGGGCUCCCUGGAGAGCGGCGAGACCGGCGGCAGCGGCGAGAGCGGCAUCGCCAGCGGCAACUGCACGCCCAAGCGUCCGGAGAUGGGCGACAGGGUCCGCGGCGUUGCCGAGUGGGAGAGCGAGAGGGGAGAGCUCGGCGAGAGGGAGAAGGAGUGGAGCUCCGCCCAGGUCGGCGAGACGGCGCAGGAGUGGCCGAGGGAGGAGGAGCUGAGGGUCGCCGGAGGGGCGGGCACGGGUGGCGGUGGGGGCGGCGGCGUGUCGGCUGGCGCCGGCGGCAAGAAAAAGAGAGACGAGGCGUGCGAGUACUGCGGCAAGCGCUUCAGGAACAGCAGCAACCUGACGGUGCACCGCCGCAGCCACACCGGCGAGCGGCCCUACCGCUGCGGCCUCUGCAACUACGCCUGCGCCCAGAGCUCCAAGCUGACGCGCCACAUGAAGACCCACGGCGCCAAGGGCGCCAAGGCCUCCUUCCUGUGCCAGCUGUGCGCCGUCCCCUUCACCGUCUACGCCACGCUGGAGAAGCACCUGAAGAAGGUGCACGGCCUGAGCCACGCCAGCGUGGGGGCCUACGCGCAGGCCAGCGCCGCCGACACGCUGGCCGCCAUGAGGGCGGCGGACGGCGCCCCGGCGGUGAAAAUGGAGGAGGACGAGAUGAUGUGCCCCGACCGGUUGGACGCGGAAAGCCAGAUGAUGCAGGUGGGCGAGGUGAGAGAGGCGGAGGAGGAGGAGGAAGAGGAGGGCGGGGCCGGAGCGGAGUGCACGGAGGGCCCGGGGGGCCCGGGGGGCCCCACCACAGCGGGGGGGCAUCCGGAAAGCGGAGCAGAGGCGGGCCUGGCCCUGACCUCUGCGCUCUGA